UUUAAUGAUGUGAAAAAUUAUAACGAUGUUUGCGUUCGUGACGUAUCUUUAUCUUUAUCUAAUUCGUCUUUGCCAAACGAAGGUAUUGUGCAAAUUACCGCGAAUAAUUGGACCAAGAGUGUUUGUGCAGGAAGUUUAAAUAAUAAAGCCAAGAAUGUUGUUUGCGCUCAUAUGGGUUACAAAAGAGCAGAAUCUGUUGUUAAUACGUCGGUUCUACCCGAUUCAAAAGUUGAAAUAUUUUCUGGAACCAUAAACUGCAAUCAUGAUGACAACGACUUAUCCUUCUGUUCGUUCUCAAAUUCCACCUCCAGUUGUUCCCAGUUGUCAUACAUAAAAUGUCAUAUAUGCGACAGUCCUUUGUUAGAAGACAAAGAAAGAAUUCCAGAUUCGUCAUUCACUGCCUCUUCAGAAGGUCACAGAGCUUCUGAUGCAAGGAUAUCUAGUGGUAGUUCUUGGUGUGCUCCUGUCUCAGAUGGCAAGCAUUAUCUUCAAGUGGAUUUUAAAACACUUUAUUCGAUAAAUUAUAUCGCAACAUUUGGAGACGGUACAAGUGCCAAAUGGGUGAAGACGUAUAUCUUGAAUUAUACGACAGACUUGAUAAACUGGAAACAAUCCCACGCUGUAUUCCAAAAGAUAUUUCGAGGAAACCAGAAUGCUUUCAAUGGCGCAGCAAUAAGAAAUUUAAAUGGCUUAACAACAAGAGCUUUACGGUUUAUUCCAUUAUCGUAUGAAGUUCAACCUUGUAUGAGAAUUGAGAUCUGUGGUCAGAGAGCCGCUGGCUUUUUUGUGAAACAUGUUAAGACAGGGAUGUGUGUUAUCGACACAGAAGUUGUGAAACAUUCAGGCCCAUUUUGGGGUAGCUUGUCUUUUUUGGAACUUUCUAACAACUCGUGUUUCGAUGAAGCUGCUCAGUUUCGGUUUCGUGAUAACGGCGCCUUGUUCAACAUUAAGAGAAAAGGAUGUCUCGCUGCUUAUUUUAAACAUAAUUUUGGUUCCCAAUUUGAUGUUUUUUAUCUCUACGUCCCCGCUACAUCACUGGCAUUAGAUUAUUCUGCCUGUGCGCAAGAUCCUGGAAAGAAAAUCUAUCGUCGUAUAACCCAGACAUUUUGGGGAGGUUUAUCUGUAUAUUAUAAAGGUUAUACGAAAACAACAUUUCAGAACUGGUGUACAGUCCCUAAAACACACGCUCCGCUCGCUCAAAAUUACGGAAUUGAUCCCUACAUUGGAUUGACAACAGAUUGUAAUGACGCCGAGGAUAAACGUUUCAUUUUUGGCUCAGUGACGUGUUAUGGAAGGAUGGUAGGCAAUAUCAACUGUCCUAAAGAUCAGUUCAUGGUGGUCAAGACUGCAUCUUACCGUGGAUUGUCUGACUCAAAGACAUGUGGUUUGAGUGAUGAUUAUAGUUGUACAGUUGAUGUAACAUGUCUUGUAAAGAAACAAUGUGAUGGUCAACAUGAGUGUAAAAUAACUGUCAAUGAAACCUUGUUCUCUGAUGAUUUUUGUCAUGGAUUUAACAAAUAUCUUUACUUUGAAUAUCAAUGUAUUGAUACUGUGAAAUCUUAUAGCGUUGUUUGUGGUCAUAUUUGCGACAACCCUCUGUUAGAAGACAAAGAAAGAUUUCCAGAUUCGUCAUUCACUGCCUCAGUUUCUUCAGAGGGUCACAGAGCUUCUGAUGCAAGGAUAUUUAGUGGUAGCUCUUGGUGUGCUUCUGUUUCAGAUGGCAAACAUUAUCUUCAAGUCAACUUAGGAAGACUCUAUGUGUUAUAUAAUGUGACAACGUUUGGUGACAGUACCAGUGCCAAAUGGGUGAAGAGUUAUAAUAUAAAUUACACUGUUGAUUCAACGAAUUGGAAACAAGUUCAGACUGGAAAUCACAAGAUAUUUCAGGGCAACAAGAAUGCUUUCAAUGAUGCAGCAAAAAGAAGUUUAAAUGACAUAACAACAAAAGCUUUACGGUUUAUCCCAUUAUCGCAUGAAGUUCAACCUUGUAUGAGAGUUGAGAUCUGUGGUGACACUUUAUACCCAGACCAACCUAGAAACAUCACCGUCUCUAAUAUAACAACCCGGAGUGUUGAAAUAUCGUGGAUUGAUCCUGAGAAUCAAGGACUUACCAACGUAUCAAGAUUUCGGAUUAAAAUGAAGAAAGACGACUCGCUUAUUCUGAAUAUCACCACGGGAAAAAUAUAUGAAUAUAAAAUAGACAAGCUCACUACAUACACAAGUUAUGAAAUAUCUCUAGCUGCUGGAAACAAGGAUGGUUUUAGCGAAGAGAAUACUAUUGUGUUUUCGACAGGAGAGGAGGCUCCAGAAGGUCCUCCACUGAACGUCAAAGUCACCGCAGAAAGUUCAUCCUCAUUAUCAGUCACGUGGGAUCCUCCCGAAGAAGAGAAAAGAAAUGGCGAUAUCGUCAAUUAUACUGUGUGUAUCUCACAUGAAGAAACUAAACCUUGCUUUAAAGAACAUACUACAGAGAAGAUGAUGUUAGUCAUCGACAGUUUGAAUGCAUCAACCAAAUAUUUUGUUCGUGUUCUUGCAAGUACUAGAGUUGGUCGAGGAAACUAUAGUAAAAGUCAGGGAAUGUUUACAAAUGGAGAAGGAACAAAGGUGGCAACUAAGAGAACAGAAACUACAUUAACUUUCUCGUUACAAAUUCCUUCAGAAAAUUUCACGUAUUUUUACGUGGUAGCUUUGGAAUUGAGAAAAAGCAGCGACUGUCUUCGACCAUCCAGCAGUUACAAUGAUCUAGUGACAUACAAAGAAGCUACAACGUCAGCUGAACCAAAACCUUAUAUUGCCGCCGUCAUAACAAGCAGAGAUAAAAACAUGUUUAUACUUGGUGAUGGUGGAAAUACAAGUUUUCAAACAACACGAAGACGAAGAUCAUCAACAAAUGUUUAUUAUAAUGGACCACUGGAGUCUGGAGCAAGUUACAGUAUUUUUCAAAGGAUCUUUCUUGAUGACAAGGGUGAAUUUUACUCCACUGAUUGGAGUCCCGCAUCGACAACGGUAACACAAGCGCCAAGACCGAGCCUAACCACAAACACAGGUGGUGCCCCUGGUGUGUUAACAAACAUGUCCAGUGGUGACGUAAUGGCAAAGGAAGGUGAUCUUGUCACCCUGUUGUGUUCUGCUCAAGGGGAACCACCGAUCACUUUCAGUUGGGAAAAAGAUCAGACGUCACUGGAUGGAUUCAUUGUAAAGGACAUGCCUCAUCGUAGUUCCUUACUUGUCGUAACAAUGAAAGACGAAACAAGUUUUGGAAAAUAUAUUUGCAAUAUUCAAGAUCGAUUUACAAAAACUGCUCAUAAUAUUUCAGUUGUGAAACUUACAGCUCAAGAAGAGUGCGAAGGUUGCGGAAAUCAUCUUGUGGGAAUUAUAGUAUUAAUAAUUCUUCUGGUCAUUUUACUCAUUAUUAUUGCUUAUUUAUUGUUUCACCGAGUUCAUCGUCUCAAAUCGUCAAGCACUACGGGAAAUUUGGAGAGGAAGACCAAAGACAGUUCCAAAGAUAUUUAUGAAAAUCCUAACAAAGAUGACGUCAACAAUUAUGAACAAGUGGAAAAUGAACAGUCGACGUAUACAGCUCUUAAAAGACCGGGAAAGGACGAAGAUGAUCAUGUUUAUAGUCAUCUGAAUCAAAGACCUCAAGAAUACGAAAACCAGAAGGAAACUGGAUUAUAAAGAGGCUUUUGCACGGAACAUUUACAAUAAACUUAAGAUUAACAUUUCCAUAAUGAAAUAAAAACGUCCAGGUGUUAUCUAUAAUCUAGUUAAGACCACCUGUUGGUUUAAGUUAAUAUUUCGACCUGAACGUUUUACUUAAUUUUAAUAAUUAACCCAUCGACAACAAAUUUGGUCUAGAGAGGAUCAUUU